GCCACCACAAGACAACCCCAGUUAAUCCAUGCCCUUAACCUACCUAGGUAACAUGCAUGAGCUCCCCGUCCUGCCCCAGCUUCCCCACAAUGGCAUGCCUUAUUGCCUACUAUACCCGCGCAUGAAAAUCCGGGACGGUUCCCAGCCGCGCUCGUGUCGAAUCUUCGACACGAAAUACCUUGCCUCCAGUAUGGGGAAGCUUCGUUCGAAACACGGAUGCCUUACCUGCAGAUCACGUCACGUUAAAUGCGACGAGACACAGCCCGUCUGCGGCCAAUGCAGGAAAGGAAAUCGGCAAUGCCAGCGAGAAGAUCCCUCCAGGAUCAGCAUCCGAAGUUACCGGCCGCGAGAGACUAGAAGAGUCCGACUGGGGGUGGCGCACGACUAUGAAUCCGGGGAGGAGGUGUAUGCACCGUCUCGCAGCCGGAGCUACAGCCAGAGCGAGCACACCCCCCGAAUCGACGAGGCCGUAUCCGAGACGAGUUCUCAUAACGGUGCCGAUAUUCCGGACCAUACGCAGGCUCCAGUAACGCUAUCAGAUCGGGCAUUUCAGCACGUCCAUCUGGGCAGCCGCCGAUACAGCCAGGGCGGACAAGCACUUGGAGCAGCCCACGUUCUGGCUAACAUCAGUGCCCACGACUACCCCGGUGUUCCAAAUCCGUCGGCAGCACCACUGCCAGGAUCGACUCUGCAUGAUGGCGGCUCUCCCAGUCACCUGCAGCACGCCACUCUACCGACGUCCGAAGGGUCCCACCUGUCGCCCUAUGCGUCCCCGACCGCGGUGCAAGUGAUUGCAUCUCCACCCAACACUAGCAUCCCAUUGCUCCCUACGUCUCCCGUCUACACUACAUCCGGCAUAUCCAUUCCACAGCUACUUCAUCCAGCUUCUACUUCGCCGGAAUCGCACCACUGGGCACAGUCCCCGUCAUCAACAUCAAUUCCGGCGACACUAACCCAUCAUGAAGCCUAUCUUGUGCAUCACUACGCAGAGAAUCUCGGCCGCUGGCUCGACUGUACCGAUGCAUCCCGUCAGUUUACGUUGAAGAUCCCGGCAUUGGUGAAGACCUCACCGAUCCUCCUACAUGCGGUGCUUUCCUUUGCGGCACGGCAUGUUGGAGACACGGAGGCCGCUGAAGUAGCUCAUCAGCGUUGCCUGGAGCUGCUCAUCCUGCUGCUUAACUCGGAGAACGUCGCGGAUGAUGAAUUGCUUCUUUGCGCGAUUGUCAUACUGCGCGUGUUUGAGCAACUGAAGGUCAUGGUGACUGGUUCCGAUCAAGAGCGACACCUUGCCGGUUGCUCUGCGCUCUUGCGCGCCUCGCAGGGCUCCUGUGUCGACCCGUCAGCGCCAACCCUGCGGCAGGCGGCAUUUUGGGUUUACAUACGGCAGUGCUUGUACAACGCAUGUGUAAACCAGCAGCCUCCGAACAUUGACUUCAAUCUCACUCUGAUGCCCAUUCCAGCUGCAGCAGGGACCGAUCCCGCCAGUGACCUUCGCGUGGAGACCGCAUGGGCAAACAACAUGACGUGGAUCUGCGCCACAGUCAUUCAGUUCUGCUUCGGUGGCGGCUCCGCCGAACCUCUUGCCAGAAAGCAGAAAUGGACCGAGCUGGAAGAGGCAGUGGAGAGCUGGCUGCAGAAUCGCCCAGCGACUUUCGAUCCCAUCUGGGCCGGGCUACCGGUUCCUGGGGCAUCGAACCCGUUCCCCGAAUUCUGGUUCAUCGCAGAUUGGCAUGUCAUGGCUUUCGGAUUCUACCAUUUGUCUUGCAUGCUCUUGAUCAUGUACAAGCCUACGCCUAGGUUUGCUGUCCGGAGCGUCCACGGGAGACUACGCGAAACCGACUUCCAAGUCAUGGAACACGCUCGUGCUAUUUGCGGGGCGUGCCGAAGUUCCCCUGCCACCGUGCCAUCGUUAAUCACCUUGUGUCAUACGGUCUUCAUAUGGGGCCCGCUAAUGACGGACCAAUUUGAGAGGGACGGCGUUAUCCAGCUUCUCGUCAACGUGGAGAAAGAGCACGCCUGGCCAACAGCGUGGAUCGUCCAGUCUUUGAGGGAGGAGUGGGGUAUGGUAUGAGAUUUUUCUUUCCUUGUUCGGGAAUGAACGCAGCGAAGAGCCAAAAUGUUGUUAAUGGAAGAUACCCGGCGUUCAAGGGGGUCAAAACCUAGCGAUUUAUUCCAAGCCUAGGGGAAUCACCGUGCUGGAAAAUGACUAGGUGUUGCGAUCCU